GUGCCUGGGGUCUCUGUCGGGAAUUGGGGGUACCUGGGGGUCUCUGCAGGGAACUGGUUGUGCCCGGGGUCCCCCCGGGGGUCCCUGACCCGCUGUGUGCCCCCAGCCCCCCCAUGGCGCUGCGUUUGGCCGCCCGCCUGUCGCGCCCGGCCCGGAGCGGUGUCCGGUGGGGGGGGCACCGGGCCCCAGUGGCCGCCCCGUUCGACUGGCAGGACGCGCUGGGGCUGGAGGCGCUGCUGAGCGCCGAGGAGCGGCUGCUGCGGGACACGACGCGCAAAUACUGCCAGGAGCGGCUGCUGCCCCGCGUGCUGCACGCCAACCGCCACGAGGUGUUUGCGGAGAUCGUGACCGAACUGGGAGAACUGGGGCUGCUGGGCCCCACCAUCCAAGGGUACGGCUGUGCGGGCACCACGUCGGUGGGCUACGGGCUGGUGACGCGGGAGCUGGAGCGGGUGGACAGCAGCUACCGCUCGGUGCUCAGCGUGCAGUCCUCGCUGGUCAUGUACCCGCUGUGGGCCUACGGGACCCCCGCCCAGCGCGAGCGCUUCCUGCCCCGCCUCGCUCGGGGGGAGCUCGUGGGCUGCUUCGGGCUGACGGAGCCCAACCACGGGAGUGACCCGGGGCGGAUGGAGACGCGGGCACGGCGCAACCCCAGCGCUGGCACCUACACCCUGAGCGGCUCCAAGACCUGGAUCACCAACUCGCCCAUAGCCGACCUGUGCGUGGUGUGGGCCCGCUGCGAGGAGGACGGGCGGGUCCGUGGCUUCCUGGUGGAGCGCGGCACCCCCGGGCUCAGCACCCCCAAAAUCGAGGGCAAGUUCUCCCUGCGGGCCUCGACCACCGGCAUGAUCCUGCUGGACGACGUGGAGGUGCCCGAGGAGAACGUGCUGCCCGGCGCCGAGGGGCUGGCGGGCCCCUUCGGCUGCCUCACCCAGGCCCGUUAUGGCAUCGCCUGGGGCGCGCUGGGCGCCGCCGAGGCCUGUCUGGAGACGGUGCGGCAAUACGUGCUGGACAGGAAGCAGUUUGGGGGCCCGCUGGCCCGGAACCAGCUGGUGCAGAAGAAGCUGGCCGACAUGGUGACGGAGAUCACGCUGGGGCUGCAUGCCUGCCUGCGGCUCGGCCGCCUCAAGGACGAGGGCAGGGCUGCCCCCGAGAUGGUGUCGAUGCUGAAGCGGAACUCGUGCGGGAAGGCGCUGGCCAUCGCCAGGGACGCGCGGGACAUGCUGGGGGGCAACGGCAUCUGCGACGAGUUCCACGUCAUCCGGCACCUCAUGAACCUCGAGGCCGUCAACACCUACGAGGGUACGGCACCCCACGACAUCCACGCGCUGAUCAUGGGCCGCGCCAUCACCGGCAUCCAGGCCUUCGCCCCGGCCAAGGGCGUGUAGCCGGGGACGUGGUGGCAUCGGUGGCACCGGCGGGGACGGGUCUGCUCCUCGUGGGAAGGGAUGUGAGGAGAUGGCAGCGCUGACAGGACACAGCGUCACCGACCGGACCCAGGUGUCCCCAGAAGGGAUCCGGUGUCACUGGCAGGAGCUGGUGUCACCAGCCAGACCUCGUGUCACCAACGGGACUCGGUGUCACCCCAAGCAAAUCUGGUGGCACUGGCGGGACCCGGUGUCACCAAGCACAACUUGUGCUGUUGAUGGGACCCAAUGCCACCAAGCAAACCUGCUGUCACCAGUGGGACUCGGUGUCACUGACAGGACUCGGUGUCACUCAGGGGACCCCCUGGUGCUGGGCACUGUGUCCGGUGCCAUUCUGGUGCCUUCGCCAUCCCCGUGGCCAAUAAAGGGUGGGACAGCCCCUCCAUGCCA